GCGACUUCCUGGAAGAUUGACAGCUUGUACCACUCGCGUUCACUCGUGGAAACCAUAGCUCCCGUUGUGUGAGAGACGCAAUCACAACUCACAACUCCAGCGGAUUUUUCUAGGAUUUCCUUUUUGUACUUUGAAAGAAGUUUGCGAGAAGCGGCCUCCGUUUUGGAUUUGAGUGAAUCCCCGGGGUAUGAAAGUGGAGCGGACGCUUCCAACAAAGUAAAAAAAAAAAAAAGGUGGUAGCGCUGAACGUUUGAUGGCUGCUGGUGAUGGAGCCCAGCUGCCUGCCACAGUAGCGGCCAGCCGGAGCGUGGACAAGGGGCUCGAGGAGGCGGCGGCCAGCGGGGCUCUGAACUUGUCGAACCGAAAGCUGAAGGAGUUCCCCCGGAGCGCCAGGAACUACGACUUGUCCGACAUCACGCAUGCAGAUCUGUCUAAGAACCGCCUGUGUGAGCUGCCGGAGGAGCUUUGUCAGUUCAUCUCUCUGGAGACGCUGAGCCUUUACCACAAUGGGAUGCGUUCACUGUCGUCCAGCCUGGGCAACCUCCAGGCCCUCACCUACCUCAACCUCAGUCGUAAUCUUCUGUCUGGUUUGCCCCCGUCGGUGUUCCAGCUUCCCCUCCUGCGAGUUCUCGUAGUCAGCAACAACAAGCUGUGUUCCCUGCCGGCCUCCAUAUUCUCCCUCACACACCUCCGACAGCUGGAUCUAAGCUGUAACGAGCUGCAGUGUUUGCCAGCAGAGCUCGGCCAGCUAGAAUGUCUCAGGGACCUAAACCUGAGGAGGAACAAGCUCACCACUUUGCCUGAAGAAAUAUCCGAGCUCCCCCUCGUCCGGCUCGAUGUUUCCUGUAACCGCGUUUCCCACGUGCCCCUGUGCUACCGCCACCUGCGCCACCUCCAGAGCCUCCUGCUGGACAACAACCCGCUGCAAAUGCCGCCUGCGCAGAUCUGCUCCAAGGGCAAAUACCACAUCUUCAAGUACCUCAACAUGGAGGCCUGCAAAAGGAGUCAGGAGGAGCUGGAGAGGCACCUGAGGCCCACUGGAUUCAAAAACUGUCUGUCAGACCACGAGCUGUUCACAGGUCAGUUUGGAGGGCUGGAUUCUGGCUUCAACAGUGUGGACAGCGGCAGCAAGCGGUGGUCUGGGAAUGAGUCAGCAGACGACUUCUCAGAGCGCUCCCUUCGCAUGGCUGAGGUCGGCAGAGACCAGAGGAACCUGGAGGAGGAGGAGGAGGAGGAGGAUGGAGAGGAUGAGUCUCCUGUGGAGGCUAAUAAAGUUCACGAUUGUUCUGCACUCUUUGCAGUGAAUGGGGAUACGUGCCACGUGGACUUCAUUCACAACAGUGCGACAAGAAAAGAGGAGGAGGACGUCAGGAUGGAUCCAGCACCUCUUCUGGAGCAGAAAGAGAGGUCCUCCUCAUCCCAAACCCAGGAGACCUCAAUAGGCAGGUCCAGCCUCCAUGUGGAGGUGGGCCCCCCGUCAUCGGCCUCCUCUUCUCCCUCCAGCCCCACCCUGGAGGAGCGGAGGAGGCCAGGCACCCUCCUCAUCUGGCAGGAGAGGGAGCGCCUGCAGCAACAGAGAGAGAAGGCCAGUCUGCUGAAGUCCUCCACCAAAGCAGGAAGUAAUGUGGCAACACAGACAGGAAGUAGCUCCGUUGGUGCAUCUCCAGAGAACAGCAGCUCCCCCCCAGGCCUUCGGCAGCGGUGUGCAAGUGCUGACCAGAUGAGCUCAGUGUCUCCUUACACACUUCUGCCACGCUCCAACAGCAGAACAGAUGUCCCCUCCUCCCCGAAGACAUCCCCCCCCCCCGGCCAGGCCCAGAGACCCAACAGCUUCCUGUUCCGCACCUCCUCACGCAGCAACGUCAAACCCACAGCCUUUGCUUUGGGGGAGUCCGGCAGAAGUGAGUCUCGCACAAUGCUGCGUUCUCCUAAAGAAGAGAGACCCGACGUCACGCAACUACGCAAGACCCUGGAGUCCCGGCUGAAGAUCACUCUACCAGAGGACCUGGGCGAGGCCUUAUCCAACGGCACCGUCCUCUGUCAGCUGGUCAAUCAGAUCCGAGCCCGCUCCGUGUCACUCAUCCACAUUCCCUCCCCAGCGGUGCCAAAGCUGAGCUCCUCAAAGUGUCGACUCAACGUGGAAAACUUCAUUGCUGCUUGUCGUAAGCUGGGAGUCACUGAGACGGACGUGUGUGCGUCCUCUGAUGUGCUUCUGUGUAAGCUGCCCGCUGUGCUGCGCUGUGUGACGGCUCUGCUGGCUGCCAGGGGGGGGGAGACGGCGGAGAAAGGAUCCCCCCGCCACUCCUCACCUUUGUGGUCGUCGUCCUCGCUGCUGUCCACAGACUUCCUGCUCUUCUACAGUGCAGCCAUGAUCCUGCUCUACGUUUUCUACUCCUACCUGCUACGCUAGAGCAGCAACGCAGUGAUUUUAUGAUCUGACUGAACAUCACACACACACACACACACAGCUGACCUCCAGAGUGUGUGUUGGCACUGGUCGGAUGUCUGAGCCUUAGAGCCCGAGCACCUUUUAAGAAACAGAGAAUACACUACAGCACUACGUUCCUCUGUACCUCACUGAUAAAGCUAGUUACUACGGGACUGAUGACUUAACUUACCUGCUUUAGCCAGGUCUGAGGUAGAGCUGUUCUCAUUGGUUGUCACAUGAGUGUGUGGAGCAAAGGACCCACGAUCCAAAUGGUACCACGUGCUAAGCUGCAAUGUCCACAUGAUGUCCUGCAGACUUUGUCCACAUUGAAGAUUCUAGUCAGAUUAGACCGUAUCUUUGCUAAGUAACUAAUUGCAAAAUAGGUAAUAUUUUGGUUUCUACGGGUGAGCCCUACACAGACACUUUGAGAUGUCACUCAUUGAUGUGUAUUCUUAUUUACAACUGCAUCACGGAGUGGUAAAUAAGAAUAGCCAUUCAUCAAAUAUUUGUCAUUUUACACUACAGUGAAAUACUUAAUCCCCAACCAGCAGGGUUACUCUCAAAUGAAAACAUUGUUCUCACCAUGCUGACAUUGUUGAAUAUGGCAGCAUCACCAUAAGAAAGCUCUAACGGACACUCGGAGGAGUUGGUCAGGUUGGUCAAACCAAUUUGGAGGAGAAAUAACUGUCCGGAAAUGUCUUUUCCUUCAUAGUACCGGAGACCGUGGGCCUUUAGCUGUGCUCACCGAGCUUUAACUUUUGGAUUACUGUGCGCUCAGGGCAGCUCUUCUUGAGACAUGUAGAACUGCGGGUAGCGUGUUUGGAGGUGGACCUCAGAGAGAGAGGGGGGGGAGAGAGAGAAGGAAGCCCAGCCCGAACUGUGAAUGUCAUUUUUAGCCUUGAGACUAUUGUGGAACCUGGAUGUAACAGACCACAAUGUGAGGGAGAGACUGGUGAUAUAGUGCCUCUUACUGCUCCUAUUUUUAUAUGCCUGUCAUGCUGACUGUUAGAAGGAGG